AUUCAUUAUUAUUGUCUGAUUCUGUUCAAUCACAUUCCCACUCAAAUCUCACUCUCUUCCACAAACAAUGGCGUCUUCUUCUCUGGCUCAAACCUCGUUUCUCCCCUUCCAUGGCUUCCGCACUUCCGAUUCUUCCUCUUCCUACUACUCUCUUCUUUCUUGCUCUGCUUUCCGUGAAACCUGCGCCACAAGAUUUAAUCGAACUGGUUUGAAGCACAAAUGUAAAAACGGUGCCCAAAUUUGUCGAGCAAUGGUUCAAGAGACUGUUCAAGGACCUUCUGCUGCUUAUGCUAGAGAAAUGGAACGCCUUUCUGCUAAGGAGUCUCUCUUACUUGCUCUUAAAGAUGCUGGAGGCUUUGAGGCUUUAGUGACAGGAAAGGUCACAGAGUUGCAACGAAUAGAUGUGAUGGAGAGGGUAACAGCUCUUGAACGUCUAACUCCAACACCUAGACCCACAACGUCGCCGUAUUUAGAAGGCAGAUGGAAUUUUGAGUGGCUUGGAUCUGGUACUCCAGCUGCCGCUCAGUUUUUUUUGGAGAGAUUCCCCACCACAUUGGCAAACCUUUACAAAAUGGAUGUAUGGAUAAAGGAUAGUUAUUCAAAGGUCACUGCAAAUUUCAGAUUAUUGAACUCGGUAGAAAGCAAAUUCACUUUAUCUUCCAAGUUAUCUGUUGAGGGGCCACUCAGAAUGAAAGAAGAAUAUGUUGAGGGCUUCCUCGACCUGCCUUCUGUUGUCGAAGAAGCUGUCCCCGAUCAACUAAGAGGUCCACUGGGACAGGCUGCUGGUGCUGUUCAACAACUUCCUGUUACUAUUAGGGAUGUAAUUUCUAGCGGCAUCCGAAUUCCACUAAGUAGUGGGAACCUUCAGAGAAUGUUUAUGAUCUCAUAUCUGGAUGAAGAGAUAAUUAUUAUAAGGGAUAUGUUUGGAGCACCUGAAGUGUUGACGAGACUGGAUCCGGGGUCUUCUUCAGUUGUGGAACCUGUAGUGGAGUAUGAAAGCUAAGACUACAUGCUUCUUAUGCUGUUAUAUAAAGUCCAUUACUUAUGGUUUUGUUAAAGCAUGAUGCUUCCUAGUUUCCACUUUCAUCUCUUGAAAACGGAUUCAAUUAAUACAGAAAACAUUUGAGAAAAUUUGGGAGUUUUUUUGAUGAUUACAUGAUCAAACUUCUCCCUUUUAUGGUUUUGUAUAUAACGGUUAAUGCAGGCAACAGUUGCAUUUAGCUUUCGAGUAACUGAUUAUUGAACAAUAACAUUUGUUGGUUACUUUCAAGCCUUCUAAGUUGUAAUUCAUUUGAGAUAGAUGCUGAACUUUACCAUUUUAUGAAAGCUUUUCUUGAAAAAUUUGAAAUA